AUGCUAAUGAAUGCACCAGAUGUCCAGAAGAUCAGCAUCCAAAUGAGGAUAGACAUCAAUGUGUCCCCAAAAUAUUUACCUUCCUAUCCUAUGAAGAAUAUUUGGGGAGCCUCCUGACUUCCCUUGCUCUCUCCUUAUCCUUAACCACAGGAUUUGUUUUAGGAAUCUUUAUUAAAUACAACGAAACUCCCAUAGUCAAAGCCAACAACCGGGACCUCUCCUACAUCCUCCUCGUCUCCCUCCUGCUUUCCUUUUUGUCCUCCUUCCUCUUCAUUGGGAGGCCAAGGAAAGUGACCUGCCUUCUCCGACAAACAGCCUUCUGCAUCAUCUUCUCAGUUGCUGUCUCUUCUGUCUUGGCAAAAACCAUCACUGUGGUCCUGGCCUUCCUGGCCACUAAGCCAGGGAACAAGGUGAGGAGAUGGCUGGGGAAGAGUUUGGCCCACUCCAUUGUCAUUUCCUGCUCCAGCGUGCAAGUUCUCAUCUGCACCAUCUGGCUGGGGAUCUCUCCUCCAUUCCCAGAUUUUGACCUGAGCUCCCAGCUUGGAGAGAUCAUUGUCCAAUGCAACGAAGGAUCUGUUGCCAUGUUAUACAGUUCCCUUGGCUACAUGGGCUUCCUGGCUGCCAUCUGCUUCACUGCGGCUUUCCUAGCCAGGAAGCUUCCUGGGGCCUUCAAUGAAGCCAAGCUUAUCACUUUCAGCAUGCUGGUCUUCUGCAGUGUUUGGGUGUCCUUUGUUCCCACCUACCUGAGCACAAAGGGAAAAUUCAUGGUAGCCGUGCAGAUCUUCUCUAUCUUGGCCUCCAGUGCUGGGCUUCUGGGCUGCAUCUUCAUCCCCAAAUGCUACAUUAUUAUAUUGAGGCCUGAUUUGAACACAAAGGA